AUGUCUGCAGACAAGAACUCCUCUCUUUAUGGCCAGCGUCGCCAAAAGGCCCAGUCCAAUGAAACAACAUCCUCCAACCUCGCAUUCGCGUCCCAACUCUCUUCCCUCAUUUCUCAAGAUUCCAACUCUACCUCCGCACGAGGUCGCCAGCGUCCUUCCAAGAACCCAAAGUCAGACAUCUUCUCAAAACAUAACAAAGGAUCCCUAAAGCGAGCCGCAGCCGACCUUGCAGAUGACAAUCGGGCACUGAAGCAGGUCCACAAAAGCAGCAAGGAUCUCGGCGAUAUCGAUGCCAGCGCUCUGGGCCGAUCCCGUCGCCGGAUGGACGAGAAAGCGCGCAUAUACGAUGACAUGAAGAAAGGCCAUCACCUUGCCGAGGACAGUGACGAUGAUGACCAGUACGAUCCAUCUCAGCCAGAAGAUUACCUGGCGCGACUUCGGCGCAAAGAAAGAGAAGGGCUAGUGGACUUUGACCGCAAGCAUGCAGAUGAAGAAGAAAAUGACCAAGAUUUAUCGGAUGACGAAAACACUUCUAUCAUUUCUUACGAAGAUGAAUUUGGCCGGACGCGCCGUGGAACGCGUGCCGAAGCUGCGGAAGCAUCCAACGCUAUUGAUGAGGCGAAUGGGGGGAGAGUUGGUCAGGAACGUUGGCGUCCUGCUCGUCCUGAAAAUCUGAUCUAUGGAGCUGCUGUUCAGGCCGAGGCUUUCAACCCUGAUGCUACCAUUGUGUCACACAUGUCCCAUCUCGCUUCUCGCCGUGACCGUUCUGCUACACCGCCGGAGCAGAAGCAUUAUGAUGCUGAUUGGGAAGUGCGCAAUCGAGGAACUGGAUUCUAUGCAUUUUCGACCAAUGAGAAGGAUCGUGCCCAGCAGAUGGAGGAACUCUCUCGGGUUCGAGAGGAGACUUUGAACAAGCGCAAAUCCAACAAGGAACGAUUGGAGCGGCGCGAGGCCACUAUAAAGUGGCGACUGGAGAGGAUUGAGGAGUUGAAGAACAAGAAGAUGGCUGCAAAGUUCAUGACGGAGCUUGAGACGACUAUUGUCCCUACCCAGCCAGCUGAGCAGGUCAAAAAAGACGAGCAGUCCAACAAUACUGAACCAGCCGGCAACGCUGGACAGGUCCCCCGCUCUGAGCAGACCGACAAUGCCGAAUAG